AGUUACGUGUCACGUCAAAAGGUUCUGUACACAAAUAUCACGGGCUGCUUAAUUUUUACCACGAAAUGUGAUCGUUCUCUCACAGCGGACCUAAACUCGUUCUUCAAACAUCGUGGCUGCUGGAACUCUGCUGGUGUUGAUGGAGUGUCUCGUGCCUGUCUGAAGGGUUAUAUGUCAGGAUGAGUGGCGUGGCGCUCGCGCUGGAGGUGGUGGUGGUGUUCUUCCUCGCGCUCUUCCUGCUGCACCGAUAUGGAGAUUUUCGCAAGCAGCAUCGGAUGGUCCUGUUCGCCACCCUCCUCGCCUGGUUCCUGUGCUUCCUCAUCGUCUUCAUCCUCCCGCUGGACGUCAGCACGACCAUAUAUAACCAGUGUAAGACUGAUAAUCAGGCCCACCUGGUGGCGAUCAAAACUGUCAACCAUGAUAACUCCUCCAACUCUUCAGUAUUUCCAACACAAAGGGUCCCAAAGAUUUGCCAAAAGCCUUGGAGUUACAUCCCAGAUGGAAUUCUGCCUGUGUUUUGGAGGGUGGUGUACUGGACCUCACAGUUCCUGACAUGGCUCUUGAUUCCCUUCAUGCAGUCAUAUGCACGUUCAGGAGGUUUCUCCAUCUCAGGAAAGAUAAAAACGGCUCUUAUAGAAAACGCCAUUUAUUACGGCACAUACCUGCUUAUCUUCUGCUCCCUGCUCAUCUACGUCGCCGUCACUCCGAAGUUGCAUCUCUCCUGGUCUGGCUUGCGGACGAUCGGCAUUACCGCCGCCAACACCUGGGGCUUGUUCCUGCUGGUGUUGUUGCUGGGAUACGGCCUGGUGGAAAUCCCGCGCACCUAUUGGAGGGCAUCGUGCCACGGGCAGCUGCUGGCAAAGACGUACUUUAAAGCAGCAAAACUGAUGACGGAAAAAGCAGAUGCCGAGGAAAACCUGGAAGACGUCAUGGAGGAUGUCAGAACAGUCAAUGAGACGAUCAAAUACAAUCAUCCUCUACGCAAAUGCAUUGACACUAUUCUGAAAAAGUGUCCUGUAGAAUACCAAGAAAAGAUGGGCAGGAACAUGGACGAUUAUGAGGACUUCGAUGACAAAGGAAACCCUUAUCCUAGUAAAAAGAGUUUAGUCAAAUUACAUAAACAGGUGAUCUAUGCUGUUCAGAGGCAUAACCGUACACAAGUUCAGUGGCAGAUUCUAUUGGACAAGGCUUUUCACUUAGAGGACGUGGCCAAAAAUGAGAGCAGCUCCACCCACAAGUUCGUUCACAGCUUCCCUUCUGCUGAACCGCCUGGGUGGAUCAGCAAGUACCUGUACACGCCCACUGUGGAGUGGUACUGGGAGUGUGUUUUCCGCCGGUGGUGUUAUCGCGUGCUGGCUGUGGUUUUGUGCGUGUUCUCUGCAGCCGUGGUCUGGUCUGAAUGCACCUUCUUCAGCACACAGCCCGUUCUGUCUCUCUUCGCCGUCUUCAUCCAGCUCGCAGAGAGAGACUACAACUAUGUUUACAUAGAGAUGGCGUGUUUUGUCACCAUAUUUUUCUUGUGUUACUGCGUGUACUCCACUGUGUUCCGGAUCCGAGUCUUUAACUACUAUUAUCUGGCCCCACACCACCAGACGGAUGCCUACAGUCUGCAGUUCAGCGGCAUGUUGUUUUGUCGUUUGACCCCUCCGCUGUGUCUGAACUUUCUGGGUGUGAUUCACAUGGAUUCCACCAUCUCCCAUCAGACGAGACAGCCGACAGCGUACACUUCAAUAAUGGGAUCCAUGCAGGUUCUCUCAUUUAUCGCAAAUGGAUUUUAUAUUUAUUAUCCUAUGCUCAUCGUUUUGCUCUGCAUUGCAACUUACUUCAGUCUGGGCACACGCUGUCUGAAUUUGCUGGGCUUUCAGCAGUUCGUGGGUGAGAAUGAUCUGACCUCUGACCUGGUGGACGAAGGACGGGAACUCAUCCGGAGAGAAAGAAGAAAACGGCAGAGAACAGAGGACGGAGAGAGCAGACGGAGAGAAUGGAGGGAACGCUAUAGUGAACAGAGGGAAAGAUACGGCGGGAGAAACAGAAGUGCGUACUCGGAGCUGAAGGAGACGGACGGCUCCGGCACAGACACUGGCAGAGCUCAGUCCCGGAGAGAUCGAAGCGACAAAGCCGAGUUACUACAGGAUGUUGAACCGUUAGACUUCACUGGAGAAGAACCGCUGGAAACAGAUAACAGGAGGUCCGCUGGAGGACAUUACCUCUCGACCUCUGCAUCUCGCGCACGCAUCUUUGAUGAUGUUUAAGAACAAGGAGAACGAUGAAGGGAAACUGUUUGCACUUUUUAAUCUUCACACUCUUCCUGAAGUGUCCAGUGAGGGUCUGCAGCUUCAGCGCAUAAAGUGUUUUGUGUGUGUGUGUUGUCCUUACCUUCCAUUGCCCCUUUAUUUACUUCCAGAUGAAGCCAAAACAGCAAGCACCACAUUCACAGCUGUAGUUCAGUGAAGGUGCUGCAUCUUCAGAGCAGCGAUGGUUGGUUUUCAUGUAGAGGAUCAUUAUCAUGUGGCUGAAAAGGGAAAGAAAAGGGUCACGUUAGUUUUCGUUAGAAGUCUAAUUUGAAGUUUAAAGAUUUUUUUAAAGAUUGUAUUUACUGAAUGCAUGAAGAAGGGAUUUUUUUGGUCACCCAGAUUUAUGAGGUCUCACUGGGUCCUGACCUGUGUGCCCUGCUUUGACCUCUGACCUUUCACCCUACUGUUUAUGACCAGUAAAUGACCUACAGGAAAUACUUUUGUUUGACUAUUUUGUUUAAUCAUUCAUUAUUUAACAGAUCAGACUUUAAAGUUACAGGCGAGAUGAUUCAUAAUGUUUCAUUUUGGCUAUUCAGCUCUUGUAUUGUACUGUAAACUUCAAAUCUCUUUGAUCAAACGGUGAAAGAUGUCUGAAUGCAUAUAACAUCAAUACUGUUUUGCUUUUUAAUUUAUGUUCUAUUUAUUAUGAUUGUCCCUGAAUUAAUAUUAAAUAACUGCUUAGUGCUACUAACAUGUUGAAGGAUGAUUUGAGCUUUUUUGGGGGGUUGACACACAUCUGUAGCAGCUGUUUUAAUUCUUUUCUGUUUUGUGUUCUUGUUUGUUUUCAUUUCCUCAAUACCUCAAAUAAAAAUUCCUGAGAUCU